UGAAAAUGACAAUCAGCUGUUUCAUUCAUUACUAGAGUGUUAUUUCACCUUUUCUGUUCUUUUAUUCGAAAUAUUUUAAAUAAACAUGUAAAUAGUCUGUCUCCAUAAACGAUAAAUAUGUUGCCUGUUAGACUUAUAAUAAUAUCUAAUAGCCAAAAGUUAAUGUUAUGUCCAACACGGUCAUUAGCAGACUCGAAGGUUAUUCAGCCGCCAAAUCCAACAAAAAUUUCCAGUGACAUGGUUGGACCGCCAGAUCCCGUCUCGAAUUUAAGGAGAAUUGUAUUCAAGCAAGCGCAAGAUGAGACCGCUUUAGAGCGACGAUAUAGACGUAUGAGAACAGAAGUGCAAGAAUGGAAUCAAGAGUUUUGGACUCGGCAUAACUCUAGGUUUUUUCAGGAAAGGGAAGAAUAUCUUAAGAAAAAUCUACCUAAAGGCAAACAAACUUUAUCAGCAGAUGAAAUGAGUGUUUUUUACAAAGCAUUCCUGGACAAGAAUUGGCGGUCACAUAUUACAUACAAUAUAGAAUGGUAUAAGAAAAAUAUAAAGUUACUGGGACUAGCUAUUCAAGUUAAACUUAAUAGAGUGUUUAAAUUAAAGAAUAUAAAAUAAA